AUGUCGCCCGCUUACAAGAUACUUGGUAUGUCUGUGCAACCACAUGUGCUGGCCAUUGGAACACUAUUGGCCACAGGUGCAGGUGUCUACCUUGGAACAGGCAAAAACGAAGAUCAGAACAAAGCCGAGUCCAAAGAACCUGUUAAACAGGGAGAAUCUGAAGUUGAUGUUGAAAAAUUGUUGAAUCAGUUUUUAGAGAGUGAAACUGAGAAAAAAUGA